UUUUCCAGAUGAAUUUGCCUUUCAAACAAUAAAUAUCUAAGAUCUCUAACUGUCUAAAAAAUGUGUAAGCAUGCUAAAUUGACAAAAAUGUUAAAUGCCUUUUUAUUUGUACAAUAACAAUAUGUUAUAUUAUAAUAUAUUCUAAGUUAUAUUUAAAAAGCACAGACGGAAGGUUUUUCUUUGUCCUCAGCUCCCCUUCAGUAUGCUAGUUUAUGACUUGGGUUUUGCAAUUCUAUUUGUUGAACUUCUGUUCAUAAAAGUUUUGUAACAGAUCUUUAGAGACAUUUAACCCACCCUUGGAGAAGAGUUUGUGACUGGACUUCACAGACUCAAACUGAAGAAGACUUCUAAACUAAUCGAAAGACAUCAAUAAUCUCUGUAGAUGGCAGUUCGUCUCUCCACCUUCUAACUAGUGGAGCUUUCCUUUACUAUGCUCAACCUCAUCAAGCUACCUCAAGUGUUCACCAUUAACCAAGUUCCUAAGGUCUUUCAUGAAGAUGGCAUCAUGUCAGGUUAUCGCCACCCAUGCAGCUCCGCCAAAGACUGUGUACUUAGUCUUUUCCAGCUAACAAAUGAAACCCUUAAUAUUUGGACUCAUUUUCUGCCUACGUGGUUUUUCUUAUGGAAACUGCUGACAGUGGUGUUGAUUCAGGGUGAUUGGCAAGAUCCUUUCACCUGGCCCCUGCUGGUGUUCCUAGUGUCAUGUUGUGUGUACCCACUCGCUUCCAGCUGUGCUCACACCUUUAGCAUCAUGUCAGAACAGGCCAGACACAUCUGCUUCUUCUUUGAUUAUGGAGCACUCAGCUUUUACAGCCUUGGUUCUGCCAUUACUUACUCAUUUUACACAUUUCCGGAUAAAUGGGUUAACAGCACCUUCCACAAGUACUAUGUUCCUAUAGCUGUUGUCAACUCCACUAUCUCCACGACAAUGGCCUGCUAUUCAAGGUUUUCUGAGAAAUUAGAAAAGAGAAUAUGCAAAUGUCUGCGGGUAAUGGCCUUUGUCUAUCCAUAUCUCUUUGACAAUAUUCCUCUAUUUUAUAGAAUUUUUGUGUGCGUUGGUGAGGGUUGCACAGUAAAUGAGGCCAGUGCGGUUCAUUACCAGCACACAACGCUGACUCUUCUCACUGGCUUUCUUUUUGCCACACAUCUGCCUGAACGCUUGGCUCCCGGCAGUUUUGACUACAUAGGUCACAGUCAUCAACUCUUCCAUGUAUUUGCUAUUAUUGCCACAUAUUUCCAGAUGACUGCCAUUGAACUGGACAUGGCUGCACGGAGGCAGUGGCUUCAUGCUCAUUUGCCACCAAUCACCUUUUUAAACACUGCAGGAGCAGCAUUCCUUUGUGUGGCCAGCAGUCUUUGUAUUAUUUAUUUCUUCAGCAUGGCACUAUUCUCCAACAGAAGGAUGAAGGAACGAAAGAAAGAAGUGACAUGAGUUCUUAUGUGUAUAAUGUGGCCAAUGAAAACACAAAGUCACAAACAAGAAGAAAGAGGCCACAAGAUUGUAUAAUUUAUGUGUUUUCGAUUAUUUUGUUUGUCUAAUGUUCUACUUUAACAUUUGCACAAUUUCAAAUCACAUUUCCACAAAUCAAUAAUUACAUUUUUUAGACCUAUUUUAUAAUCAACCUUUUUGAACACUGUUUAUGUACGAUU